AUCCGUUUCAUUUCAUUCCAGCACAUUCUUCGUCAUGACUUCUAAGACGACUCUCAUGAACAACCUUCCAUUGGAACUGCUGGACCGUAUAUUCUCGUACCUUCCGCUGUCGGACCGCAAGUCCAGUUCAUUAGUGUGCCGCUUAUGGAGUGAACAAGUUUUCAGCGGCCGUUUCCUACGUAACAUAGAGCUCAAACUGAUCAUGGGCUGGGGCGAGUCUGAGCGUCUUCGGAAAACCGCUCGCCGAUAUCGGAACGUUUUCAUCCUGGCACCGUUUGCACUGGAAUCUUGCGAGUACAAUUUCGGUUUCAUCGUCAAAGUGCUGGACGAGCUUGGUGCCGAUUUGGAGAGUUUCCACUGUGUAAUAAAUUUUACAGAGGAACAGCUGUGGUACCUCAUAAUUCGUGCGCCAAAUCUCAAGCAGCUGAUUGUGGGAAUGGACAGCAGAACUUUAAGCCAACAGAACUACAGCCUUCCCGAGUUGCGAUAUCUGCGAAGUUCUGGACCGCUGGCGAAUGUGUUCCAGAUCAAGUGCCCGAGUUCCUACAGCUUGUCGACGUUCUGUACGAAUUUCACCGAACGCUCGAAUGUGAACAAUUCUAUAAUGUUGCUCCGACGGCUGGCCCCUGAUUUGAAGAGCCUUCAAUUGUAUUCGAAGAGGUAUUAUAUUCCGAUAGAAGAGCUUCAGUUUCCGAAUGUUGAAGUGUUGCGCUUGGGCGGACGAAUUUGUAAAACCGGAGACGGUGCGUUGAGGACGUUCUUCGGUGGUUUCAAAUUGUUGAAGGAUGUGAAUUUGGGUUUCAAUGUUAAAGAACAUGUGCUAGACAUGAUAACCAAUAUUUGUCCCGGAAUUGUGAAGUUACAUCUCGAGAAUGAUGUGCUGAAGCCGGGCCAUUUUCGUUCAUUAGAACGUCUCAAAUGCUUGAAGACUUUAAGCCUCAUCGGAAGUGUCGAUUCACGAGUAGUCAUGGAAUGCAAACCAUUGGAGAGUGUGAACUGUUUUUGUCUGCAUAUGUCGCACCUGAACUGUGAGAUGAGCAUCGUCGAGGAUUUCCGUCAGUUGCUUCCAAACGUGAUCGAUAUGAAUGUCACUCUAUCGCAAAUUUCCAGCUCCCUAUUUGCUACAGUCUUCAUCUGCGUAAACUUCCCUCAUCUAAAACGACUGACGAUUUCAAACAAUAUAGCGGGAAGUUACAGUUUGGAUGAGUUCCGCCAUUUGGAUCGUCUGGAAGAACUUACGCUCCGAUUCAUUCCCAUGCCGGUGAUGUUGGAGGUAUCUAAAAAGUUCCUUAAACGAUUGAGAUUCGAGUGCUGUUCCUGGUUGACGGAUGGAUAUUUGUCGCAGCUGCCGGAGAAGUACCCGAACCUGAAGUAUCUUGAGCUGGAAGAGUGUCGACAAGUGAGCCCCAAGGGCGUAGAGGUGAUUCGAUCGCGACUGCCAAACUGUGUGAUUCACUGCGUCCAAUCGGACACACUUGGAAUUCGUUUUCACUUUCAAAGCCUUCAUUUUGCCGCCUUGUCUUGAUAACACCGAUAACCAUCUAGUCGAUGCAUUCCUAUUGUAAAAUGACUUUUUUCAACGGUCUUGGUAAUAAUUUUGGAACGCAAUAACUCAUAUGGCCACAUUUUAGUAAUAUACAUAUAAUCCGGGGUUUCUCUGAAUAAUAGCUAUAAUAAUUACUGGUGGAAAGAACUCCAGAAUAUUAUGUAUACGGCAGUAAGAAACUAAACAAUAUAUCAACACUAGCAACAAUAAAGUAUAAGGCAUUUGUAUGGUAAUAAACUCAAAUAUGUUUAAUAAUUUAUUAAAUUUAAAAAUUGGGGCCCUCCUUAGCCGUGAGGAAAGACGCGCGGCUACAAAGCAAGACCAUGCUGAGGGUGGCUGGGUUCGAUUCCCGGUGCCGGUCUAGGCAAUUUUCGGAUUGGAAAUUAUCUCGACUCCCUGGGCAUAAAAGUAUCAUCGUGUUAGCCUCAUGAUAUACGAAUGCAAAAAUGGUAACCUGGCUUAGAAACCUCGCAGUUAACAACUGUGGAAGUGCUUAAUGAACACUAAGCUGCGAGGCGGCUUUGUCCCAGAGUAGGGAUGUAAUGCCAAGAAGAAGAAGAAGAAGAAAAAAAAAUAUUCGAAAGGGGUCUUUUGAAUCAUAGAACAAAGAUUGUUUCAAAACCCUGGAACGCAAUUCACAAGAACGGCAAAGCUU